GCACUAUACGGCCCACCAGCGCCCAUGUCCCAUCUUCCGAGUUGGGUCUCGUUCUCGGAGUCGGCGAGCGCCGCCGCCGGUGACCAGAGCACAGCCGGCCAUCAGCUCAAGCUCGAAUCGAUCGAGUACGAGUAGAGCCCUCUACACACACGAACAAAAACCAUCCGGGGCUAGUACGAUUGAAAAGCCCAGGAUUUUCUCUCGAUUACUCUUCUGCUCGCUGACGGCCGACCCCCAGCUCCGUAUUUUCGCUUAGGAGGACCGACGCAGCUUGUCUUACCAUCCCCCACACUCCCACAGCAAGCUCAGGUACAUCAAGAUGGCAGCCAUCCUGCCGAGAACCGUAUGCAGGGCUGCGGAGGCAGCGCUUUCACUGCGCUCCGUGCCGCCGCGCGGCGCCGGUCACCAUGUACGGUCCCUGGGCGGCGUCUCCGCUGCUUGCUGUAAAGCUGGUGCUGCUUCAGUGGAGUUCGUGCCGUGGCACAAUGGCGGGGGCAUCCUGCACAGGGCGGCAUCCGUGGACCCCACCGCAGUGGUCGAGGCUGGCGCCGUCGUGCACUCCGGUGCUGUCCUUGGUAAGGAGGUCGUUGUUGGUUCUGGAGCCGUCGUUGGACCUUCGGUCUCCAUCGGCAACUCAACUAGGAUAGGGUACAAUGUUGUCUUAAGCAAUUGCUCGGUGGGUGAGUUCUGUACUAUCCAUAAUGGAGCCUGCAUUGGCCAAGAUGGUUUUGGGUUUUUUGUGGACGAGGAUGGACAGGUUAAGAAGAAACCACAGAUGCUGUAUGCAAGAAUCGGGGACCAUGUAGAAAUAGGUGCAAACACAUGCGUUGAUAGAGGCAGUUGGAGAGAGACAAUGAUUGGUGAUCAUACCAAGAUUGAUAAUCUAGUCCAGAUAGGUCACAAUGUGGUCAUUGGAAAGUGCUGCAUGAUAUGUGGGCAAGUAGGGAUUGCUGGUUCUGCCACGCUGGGGGACUAUGUUACGUUGGGUGGUAGGGUGGCAAUCCGGGACCAUGUCUCCAUUGUAUCAAAGGUUCGGCUUGCAGCAAAUAGCUCGGUGACAAAGGAUAUUCAGAAGCCCGGUGACUAUGGUGGAUUCCCUGCUGUACCGAUAAAUGAAUGGCGCCGGCAAACUGCAAACUUGCGCCUGUUCUCAAAGAAGGAUGGUGUGAAGAGAUAGCAUCCAGCAAUCCACCUGUGCCAGAUGUUUUCCCUGGCAGUGGACAAUGGUUGUACUUGACUAGUGAAUGUUGCAGUAUCUCAUUUUUAACGGUGUUGCGUCUAUUUGGCUUGGCCAAUGUUUAGGGUUUGACUAAGGUUCAGAUCCGAUCACCUCUGCCGAAUGAGGGGAUGAAUGUGCUCAACAUUUUAGUUACACAAUGGAACUUCAUCUUUGAUCUUUGAAUGUGUUCAACAUUUUAGUUA